AUGUCUAAUAUUCCGCAAACUUCAGUGUUGUUAUUAUUGUUAUCAGUAUGUAGAAACGAUGCAGCAAGAAUAUUGGCGGUUUAUCCCACUCCUUCUAUCAGCCAUCAAGUGGUAUUCCGUCCUUUGACACUAGAACUUCUCAAAAGAGGUCAUGAAUUAGUUGUGAUCACAACAGACCCUAUAUUCCCGAAUGGGAAAGCGCCAGCAAACCUCACUGAAAUAGAUUUCCACGACAAAUCCUACACAUUAUGGAGAGAACAUUUCCUGAAAUCUAUCGUUAACCAAGGAACCAAAGAAGAUUCUAUGGAGAAAGGCUUAUUGAUGUAUUAUACAAUGUUAGAAAUAUUUAAAGAACAAAUAACCUCUAAAGAAGUACAGACAAUUUUGAAAGAUAAAAGUAACAAGUUCGAUCUACUCCUACUGGAAGCUUAUUUUAUCCCCGCAUUAGCUUUGACUCAUUUUAUCAAAGCACCUGUAAUACAGAUCAGCUCCCUUGGAUCCACAGUAGAAAAUCUGGCAAUAGUUGGUGCUUCUACGCAUCCACUUUUAUUUCCUACCAUGGUUCAUCAGAAAAUAUACAAUCAGACGAUGUGGGAUAAGUUAAGAGAGCUUAUCGUGUACUGUUACUACACAUUCUUUGUUGGCGAAGUUAGUGCAAAAACCGAAAGAUUUCUCAAGGAAACGUUUGGACCUGAUUUGCCCGAUACCAGUCAAUUAAGGAAUAACGUCGAUUUGGUUUUUCUGAACGUGCAUCCGAUUUGGGAAAUGAAUCGCCCUAUGCCUCCUAAUGUCAUAUAUACAGGAGGACUACAUCAAAAUCCUCAGAAGGAACUGCCUCAGGACCUCAAGGAGUAUUUAGACUUAUCAGAAAACGGUGUGAUAUAUAUUAGUUUUGGUACCAACGUAAAUACUUCAUUGCUGAUACCUGAAAAAGUACAAAUAAUGAUUGAUGUGCUUUCAACAUUGUCGUAUGAUGUUUUGUGGAAAUGGAAUACUGAUGAGCUACCUGGACGGAGCAAAAACAUAAAAAUUUCAAAGUGGCUACCCCAGUCAGAUCUUUUAAGACACCCAAAAAUCAAGCUAUUCAUCACCCAAGGAGGUCUGCAAUCUACUGACGAGACAAUCACUGCAGGUGUACCAAUCAUCGGGAUGCCGAUACUGGGUGACCAGUGGUACAACGUAGAGCAGUGCGUCCAUCACAAAGUUGGUGUUUACGUUGACAUGGGUACAAUGACUGAAGAGAUUUUCAAACAGGCUCUGGAUGAGGUUCUAAAUAAUGACAGCUAUCGUCGCAACAUGCAACGCUUACGCGCACUAAUGCGUGAUCAGCCACAGACCCCGUUAGAACGCGCUGUCUGGUGGACGGAGUACGUGUUAAGGAACGGUGGAGCUCGCCAUUUACGGUCACCAUCCGCAAAUAUCACCUGGUCCCAAUACUUCGAGCUGGAACUAGUAUUUUACAUAUCAAUUGUGAUUAUAACACUUCUCGUACUUCUAGGUUAUAUUAGUCUUAAAGUUUUGAAACUUAUUAAGAACAGUUUGUUUGCUAAGGCUAAGGUUAAAUUUAGCUGA